AUGGGCAUCUUCGACAAGAAGAAGCCUCUGGCCGAGGCGACGGUGGCUGCCCAGGAGGAGGCCCCCAAGUUCGAGAGGGUAGACUGGACGAAGGAUGCCGGUCUUCGCCAGCUCUACUUUUACGCAUUCGUUCUCUGCAUUGCGUCUGCCACGACUGGUUACGAUGGCAUGCUUUUCAACUCUCUUCAGGCCAUGGUCCAAUGGAAGACCUACUUCAACAACCCUGAAGACCACAUCCUGGGUCUGCUUGGUGCUCUUUACCAGAUUGGCAGCUUGGUUUCCAUCCCCAUUGUUCCCAUCUUGGCCGACAACCUGGGCCGAAAGGUUCCUAUUGCCAUUGGCUGUGUCAUCAUGAUUGUCGGCGCCAUCCUCCAGGGAAGUUGCCAGAACUUGGCCACUUUCAUGGGCGGCCGUGUCAUGCUCGGCUUCGGCAACAGUCUGGCUCAGAUCUCUUCGCCAAUGCUUCUCACUGAGUUGUGCCACCCUCAGCACCGUGCGCGUCUCACCACCGUCUACAACUGUCUCUGGAACGUGGGUGCUCUGAUCGUUUCGUGGCUUGCCUUCGGCACCAACUUCGUCCCGACUGAGUGGUCCUGGCGUAUCCCCGCGCUGCUGCAGGCGCUGCCCUCCGUUGUUCAGCUUGCCUUCAUCUACUGGGUGCCCGAGUCGCCGCGUUUCCUGAUGGCCAAGGACAAGCAUGACAAGGCUCUGCACAUCCUUGCCAAAUACCACGCCAACGGCAACGAGAAUCACCCCACUGUCCAGUUCGAGUUUCUCGAGAUCAAGGAGACAAUUCGGCUUGAGUUCGAGAACAAGAAGAACAGCAGCUACCUCGACUUUUUCCGCACCAAGGGCAACCGCUACCGGUUCGCUGUCCUCCUGUCUCUGGGUAUCUUCUCGCAGUGGUCGGGCAACGCCAUUAUUUCCAACUACUCUGCCAAGCUCUACACAUCGGCCGGCGUUUCAGAGUCGACUCCCCAGCUUGGUCUGGCGGCAGGUCAGACAUGCCUUGCCCUCAUCGUUUCCAUUUCCAUGGCUCUCCUGGUCGACAAGGUUGGCCGUCGUCCCAUGUUCCUCGCCUCGACCGGCGGUAUGUUCGGCACAUUUAUCUUCUGGACGCUCUGCUCGGCUCUCUAUGACACGUACAGGUCCCCCGGCUCUGGCCAGGCCAUGAUCUUCUUCAUUUGGGUGUUCGGUUUCAUGUACUCGCUUGCCUGGUCCGGUCUUCUGGUCGGCUACGCCGUCGAGAUUCUUCCCUACAAGCUCCGUGCCAAGGGUCUCAUGAUUAUGAACAUCUCGAUCCAGGUCGCCCUGACGCUCAACACCUAUGCCAACCCGGUCGCCUUCAAGUACUUUGAGGAUCAGGGAAACACGACAUGGAAGCUCUACCUCAUCUACACUUGCUGGAUCUUCCUCGAACUUUGCUUCGUUUACUUCAUGUACGUCGAGACCAAGGGUCCCACGCUCGAGGAGCUCGCCAAGAUCAUCGACGGAGACCAGGCCGAAGUCGCCCACGUCGACAUCCACCAGGUCGAGAAGGAGGUACAGCUUACCAAGGAGGAUGCUUGA